AGGCUUUGUUCCAUUGUUGCAGAGGUCUUCCAGCUGGUCUGGUUCAAGGGACGGGGCCACCAUCCGAGGAUACAAUAGCACUUUUUAAAAAACACUUUAAUUUUUUUUAGUUUUUAAGGAUGUCUUGCAAUCAGUCUCUGGACGGUAGUUUUCCUCCAUCUCCAUCAGAGGACAGGGGCUCACAGCGGCUGUCCUGGAGCAGUUUGCUUCACAAGCUGACAGAGCUGAAGGGACACAAUCAGAGGGUGACAGAAGAUCAAUACUGCAGGAGUGAAUCUGGAUCUAUGACAGAUCUGUCAGAGUUAGACAUCAGCUCCUUCUUCUAUCCUCUGGAGGAGACCUUGGCUGCAGACGUUGUGACUGCCAUUGCACAUAGUCUCAGUGAUGCAUCGCACACCAGCUUGGAUUGCUCCAAACUCAUCCUCUCUGACUGCCUGCUACACAAUAUCAGCCAAGAGCUGCUCCACUUGGCCGCGAUAGAGCCUUGUGGUCUCAGGGGAGCACUCAUCGACCUGUGCGUUGACAUGGGGGAACAGGGCUCCCCAUGUACUGUGGAUCAAAUAGCAGUAGAUCCAUCUCUGGUCCCAACUUUCCAUGUGACACUGGUGCUGAGGGUGGAGUCCAGUGGACUGUGGCCAAAAGUUCAGAAGCUCUUCAAACGUAGCAAACCAGCAGAGACAUCCUCAACGUCUCCGAAGCACCACGACACCCUGAAGCUGAGCACGAGUUUCAGGGCUGUCAAGAGGAAACUGUACAGUUCAGCCGCACUGCUGGUUGAGGAGUGCUGAUCGCUGAGCACUCCUGUCUCUGAUAAGCUGAACUCUAAAGAAACUGUAACGAAGCUGCUAAUUAAUGCAAAGUCUUAACAAAAGCACUGUCGAGACAUAACAACGAUGACCUGUCUGUGAUGAUGUAUGACGGGGUUAAUACUGAACUACCUUUGUCUCAUAGCAGCUACUCAUGUGGGUGCAGUGAAGAUUAGUGUUUGCACAUGGGUCAGUUUCAUUCCUGUGAAUGUGAAGCCACACCUAUAACGGAAUGCCUUAUGUAUGUGACAUUUAAAUAUACCAACGGACACUCGUUUUGUAUUUUUUUUAACAUGAGAGAAUAAAUUAUUUUUUUAUUAAC